CAAAGUCGAUAAUAUUAAAUAGGUGCGCAUGUACGCAUGUCCAUUUUCUCACUAAUACCGCCUACCGGGUGUUUUCUUUUUUCUUGUUCUGUUCUUCGUUAAUUUAAAGUAUUCACUAUUCAGUAUUUACUAGUCAGUAGCGACUGGAACUAUAUAACUGUCUAUAUUGUUGACAGAUAAUUAUAUCGUGUACUGAUUUUUGCUAUUUCGAUUCGUGUAAUUUAUUUAUUUUAAUAUAGGCAUCCGUUACGCAAUUAUCGCUUAAACAUUGACAUUUGAAGUAAAGCAGCUCAUAUAAUCACAAGAAAAUAAUCAUCCGCUUUCUACGUACUGUGUAUAUGUUUUAAAGGUUGUAAUUUAUCAUCUUCUCUAGAUUUUACCACACGAUUAUUUUUGAAGUAUUAUGGAAUCUAAUAAAAGAGUGCUUUCCAUUCAGAGUCAUGUUGUUAGUGGAUACGUGGGUAAUAAAUGCGCUGUGUUUCCAUUACAGAUAAUGGGAUUUGAAGUGGAUGCUAUAAAUUCUGUACAGUUGUCAAACCAUACUGGAUAUAAGACUUAUUAUGGCCAAAUAUUAAAUGAAAGUAAUUUAUCGGAAUUAAUAAAUGGUCUUGUUGAAAAUGAAUUACAUAAUUAUUCACAUCUAUUAACUGGUUACAUUAGAUGUCCAAUGUUCUUAAAGAAAGUUGCAGAAGUUUAUAAAAUAUUGAAAGAGAAAAAUCCAGAUUUGAUAUAUGUAUGUGAUCCUGUAAUGGGUGACAAUAAAAAAAUGUAUGUUCCAAAAGAAAUAUUAGAUAUCUAUAAGAAUGAAAUAAUACAUUUAACAGAUAUCCUUACACCGAAUGAAUAUGAAUUAGAGUUAUUAACUGGUAUAAGUAUAACAACUUCUAAUGACAUUAAUAAGGCCUUAAAUAUAUUGUAUGCUCACGGUUGUAAGACAGUUGUGGUGUCAUCUUCCAACAUAUCUUCAAAUUCUAUUAUGAAGUGUAUUGGAAGAAACUUUUCUUAUAAGGAAUAUGUAGAAAUAGAUAUUCCUAUCAUUGACCAAUCCUUUAUUGGCACUGGAGAUUUUUUUACUGCUUUGUUAUUGAUUUGGAUGAACUUAACUAAUAAUGACUUGAAAAAUUCCAUGGAAAGAACAAUUGCAACUAUUCAAGCAGUAUUAAAACGUACAAUAAAAUAUACAAAUGAAAAUAGUUCAAAGAAUCCAAUAAGCAGUAAAGAAUUAAAAUUAAUUCAAAGCUUGAGUGAUAUUCAAAACCCUGAAGUAACAAUAUUUGGUACUAUAAAGAAAGUUGAAUAAUUGUAUUGUAUAU